GGCACAGCCUGCAAGUGCCUCCUUGUGCCCUUACGAAUAACAAGUGUGAACACAAGUGGGUGUGUGCAGUGCCUAUAAAGCCACUGUGGAUAGCUCAGCAUGGGAGGGUGCACCACUGGGUUCCUGCUCUCCGCUCAGCUGGGCUGUUGUGAUGGGGCUCCAGGCUAGAACAAGUGUGCUCCAUGGGGGCCUUUUCCUCCUACCCACAGUGGUGGCGAUGCUUCUCCUUGGUGCAAGUGGUGGCCCAGCAACACCCACUGCCAGCUCCCGGAGUGGGUUCCCCGCAGACUGCAGCCAUCUCCGCAAGAGCAGCCCCAGUGGGGUGUACGUCAUCCAGCCAGCACGGUCCCCACCACGCGUGGUGUGGUGUGACAUGGACACAGAAGGCAAGGGCUGGACUGUUGUCCAGAGAAACUCUCACGACACUGAGCUCACAUGGAAGCAAUCCUGGACUACCUACAAGUACGGCUUCGGGAAUGUACAGGGUGAUCACUGGAUGGGCACCGAGUACCUGCACCUGCUGACACAGCAGGGCACCUACAAGGUCCGCUUCAUCGUGCGGAAUAAAGCCAACGUCACCCACUUUGCUGAGUACGACAUCUUCAGGGUGGAAAGUGAGGCCAGUGGGUACCCACUGAGGCUGGGCCGGCAUUCUGGUGAAGGGGAUGACUAUCUGACCCUCUACCACCCCAAGAAGGGGGGCAUCCAUGACAACAUGAAGUUCAGCACGACUGACAAGGACCAGGACCAGUACAGUGGGAACUGCGCCAGCAGCUAUGGGGGCUGGUGGUACGACAGAUGCCAGAAUGUCCUGCUCAAUGCCAAAAACCGCAUCCUUUGGCCAGGAUUCUGCGAUAAAGGCGACUGCGCAUCCUCCCUCAUCCUGGUCAAACCCACAGAUGUGUGCUGACCGUGCCGCAGUGCCCAGCCUCCCGGGAGUCUGGGAGAGUGCCACCGUCCCCAGCUCAGCACCCCCUUCCUGUGCCUGCCAGCAGCUCUGUGCCAGCCCCGGUGUGUGUCCUGCUCUUCCCAUAGCCUCUGCACC